UACGAAAGAUCGUGCAUAUUUUAACUGAGGAAAGUUAAAACAUUCAGUUACAAAAAAUUUAUGUUCGAGUACAUUUGGCAAACGUGUAAAAGAUGGAAAAUUGUGAAGAAUUAGAGAGUAACGCAGUUCUUUUACAAAAAUGUGGCGAGAUUUUCUAUGACACCUUAGCGACUCCGGACGUUAAUGUGAGUUUUCAAUGUACCUUUUGCCAGAAAAUUUUCACUGAGCUAUAUGCAUUCCUACAACACUUGCAAUGUGAACAUUCACCGAUGCCUAUAGAAGAGCUAUCUUUUGAAAGUGAUAAAGAAGAAAUAACGGAAGAAAUCUUGCUUACAGUAGAGGAGCGUGUUAACCAAUAUGUACGAACUAAAAGUGAGGAUUCUGACUCAUCAGAAUGUAUCUCAAAAAAUGAUAAAACCGAAAUGGAUAAUGAUUAUAAGUCCGAUGAGCUAUCAGUAGAUAAGAAAGAAAAGUAUGACGCCCAUUCUAAACCUCCUGCAGUUAUUCGUAAACGUCGAGAAUACAUUUGUCCUCGUUGCUGUAAAGUAUUCAAGAAAACUUGGGAUUUAAAAGAGCAUUUGCAUAUACACGAUGGUCUGAAACCUUAUAAAUGUGAACACUGCCCAGCUUCUUUUGCAUGCAAAUCAAAUCUUAGAGUUCAUAUGAGAGGUCAUAGUGGAGAAAAAUCUUUUGUGUGCCAUUUUUGUACAAGGAGUUUUACGUCUACAACUAGUCGAUACCGUCACGAACGUAGUCAUACCGGUGAGCGACCUUACGUUUGUGAAUUUUGUGGUAAAAGUUUUUCCACGUCGUCAGGAUUAAGGAGCCAUCGCAGCAGUCAGCAUUUGAAAGAGCGAAAUUUUGUCUGUGAUAUAUGUGAUAGACGUUUCAAUAGACGUAGUCAAUUGAGAAUGCAUCACACGAAUAUUCAUACCGAAGUGCCGCGUACCCAUGUCUGCGGGAUUUGUGAAGCAGCGUUCAAAGGGAUAAUCGCUUUAAAAACCCAUCUUAAAAUUCAUAAAGAAAAAACUUAUGAAUGCUCAGAGUGCGGCAAAAAGUUUGCUCAACGUGGCGGCUUAUACGCCCAUCGAAGGACUCAUAAAAAACAGAGAGAUACUUUUCUGAAAGAUAUAUGGAAAUAAGAAGUUUAAAAAUAGAAAACUGUUGAUAAUCCGUUCCUUUUUUCCUUUUUAAGUUAACUAUCGUAUUCUAAAUAAAUUUGAGAUUUAAAAAGGAUGCUGCCCGUCCGUCAAAUUCGUCCAUAUUUGGAAUAAAACAUGAAUGCUAACUUUUUUCACAAUUUUUGCACAAAAGUUAAAUUAUUUCUUCUUAAUCACACUCAACAAUACGUUAUCAAUCGUUUUGGGACAUAUGAUUAUUCUUAAAGAAGAUUAGUUUAGAUUAAAACAAAGAUUAAAUAAGUAAGGAAGUUAAAUACGCCUUGAGGAGAAUCUUUCCCACCUCCCA